GUCUCUUCGGUGCUACGCUCGACUGCCUUUUUGUGAAGUAGCUUGUUUCCUGUCUAUUGUCAAGAUAUUAUCUAAGCGACGAUCUAUUUGAUACGGCUGAGAGAAGUAGAUAAUGAAGAUCUAGCGUAGCUUCCAUUUAAGUAUUUCUUUCACGACUGUUGCUCUAUGGUCUCACUAUGACCCCGAAGAGUGUUUUGGCUUUGUACUCGAUUAUUACCAGCUUCAUUGCGUCAACCACCUCAGUGUCUUCAACAUCCAAGCAGGAGGUUCUUCCGCCGCAAAUCUUCGUCCGGGCUGCAGAACAACUUUCUUCCGUCGGUCGUCCACAAGAGCCAGACCCCGCGCAAGCGGCUCACGCGAAGAAAGACCACGACGCUCACCUCCAUAACAAGGGGAGCGCACGAACCCCUCGCCACCGCGGCGGUCGAUCUUUACAAACCUCCACUUCUCUUACGGAACGUGGAAGCCGGCGCAGAACGUUCCCGCCCACCCCAGGAACCUUAUUGGAACAACGUGAUUCCGCGGUUGUUUCGUCCGACGCUGAGGCGGAAGAGCCCUCUGUUGAAGGUGGAGCUUCCGCCGUCAGGCCGCAUCAUCACAACACGAACAGGAACAUAAAUCACGAUAACGAAAAUUACAAGCAGCAGCGAGACACUGAAAAGACCAUGGUGUUAUCGCAGCAACUCGCCGGGAAUAAUUACCCGGAUCAGCCAGGAGUUGCCAGUUCCUCCCUAGCAGCGGAUCAACAUUCUGCGACCGCUAGUACGGGCGGCACAGCGACUCACCAUACUUCCAGCGGAUCUUUCCGACCCGGGAAUUUCUGGGUCCAGCCACUACUGUUCUCGGUCAUCGCCGGCGCGUCGACCUCCAUCGGCGCAUUGAUCGUCGUUCUGAAUCAGGGGCGGAUGACAAACCGGAUGAUGGCAUUUUCUCUCUCCCUGGCUUCCGGCGUGAUGACCGCCGUGUCGCUUCUCUCUUUGCAGGAGGUUUUCGCUAAGGAAAAACACGAACAGGCGCAUACGGUGAAAGAGAUUUUCGGCUCUCUGUGCUUCAUCGCGCUGGGGGCGGUGUUUUACUUUAUGUUAUCCAAAUUCGCGCUGCCGGACACCCAGGACUACGUUUUGGAUGACGUAGAGCAGCAGCAGUUCAAAGCGAGGCGCUCCGCAGGUGGAACUACAGGUCUGGACCCCUUUUCCAGCAAGGAUGACCCCGACAAACAACUUUCCCAUGACACCCAGUGCCAGUCCGACCCGGACAACAGUUCCCACCCGAACUCCGACCCGGAGAAAGCGGCGAUUUUAGGAAAAGAGCACCACCAUCGGACGAUCUUGAGCCCCGAUGUGGUACGAGUGCACUCCGGGUCUUCCAUCCUUCAAAACGACACAACGGCCGCGGGGAAAAAAAUCAGCUACAGCGAUUCGCCGCCUGCAUGGGUGGGGGCGGGUGGUUCAUCUCCGCGGGGACGCGGGCCGAAUAAUUCGAAGGCGGCCGCAGCAGCUAUGGCGUUCUCAAAUGUUACAUUCUCAACUGUUGCAUGAAUUUUCGAUGCAAGGAUGGCAAAAGUAAAAGGAAGGACCUUGCGCGUGUUGCAUGACAGAUUUGGAACAGAUUCUAAGCCUGGUUGGCCGUCUGAGAAUUUGUCAUGCGAAACAGCUUGAUGGCGUCGGUAGUCAAGGCAAUUUUGCAUGACAAAUCAUGUAACAGUUGAGAGUGUAACAGUUGAGAACGCCAUAGCAGCUCACCAGCUAGAAGGACCAGUAGUAGAGACAUCAAGAACCAUCUCCGAGCACAGCAGCAGCAGCACGAACGCAACUGCUGCGGAUCACAGGAUGAUCCGGGUCUUAGCCAGCCCAACCUCAGUGUCGACCCCCCGGACGGAACAGGAAAUGCACAUCGCCGGAGGUGCGAUUCUUGCGGCAGAGCAAAAUACUUCUAACCAAGGCGAUAAUAAUUCCAAGUCCACCUCCGUUCUCUCGUCUUCCUCCAGCCACCAGGGCGCUCUUGCGACUAGGAAACGGUCGUGGCGAAUCACGAUGCUAUUAUUUCUCUCCCUCUUGUAUGCAUUGCAAAAGUGUCUGGGUCUGGAAGAAUGCAGCACUUGUCAUGCUUGUCUGGCAUGACGCUUGGAUCUGUGAUGCGUAAGCAGGAACGGGGCCUCCUGCCUGUCAUGCAACAACGCAGUUUGCCAUGCAGAAAACGAAGCACAUGGCACGUGCAAAAACUUGUCAUGCUUGGCUGCGUAUUGUAGUGCGCCCACGAUUCACAGAUUUGCAUCACAAGUUUCCAGACCCAGACAUUUUUGCGUUUGAUAUCUUGCUUCACAACUUCCCGGAAGGAUUAGCCGUCGCGAUUUCCACUCUGGAAAACACGCAACUCGGGAUCACCAUAACUUUCGGGAUUCUAGUCCACAACAUCCCGUAUCAAGUGUAAAAAUGUCUGGGUCUGGAAGAGUGCGCGAUUUGUCAUGCUGUUUUUCCAUGACCCAUGAGGUCUGGAAUGCCGGAGCUAGCAUGACAGAUUCUGCGAGACCUUUCUAAUGCCUAUCCUGCAUGAGAAACUACCUCCCGACUUGGUCAAAAUUGGGCGACUUUUGGUAAUCAUGCAACACAGAUUUUUGCAUGCUGCAGAUUUAGCAUGACAAGUUCCAAUCUUCCAGACCCAGACACUUUUACAUUUGAUAUCCCGGAGGGGAUUGCGAUCGCGGUCCCCUGCCUGGCAGCGAAGCCGAACCAACCGAAACUCGCCUUCUGGCUCGCGAGUCUUUCCGGCAUCGCCGAGCCGAUCGGGGCAGCGCUUGGGCUGCUCUUCGUAUCAAAUGCAAAAAUGUCUGGGUCUGGAAGGAGGCCAGAUUUGUCAUGCAGCUUUUCCAUGACCCAUGAGGUCUGGAAUGCGGGAUCUAGCAUGACAAACUACGUGAGGUCUUUGCCAUGCCUAUGCUGCAUGAGAAAUCCCCUCCCAACUUGGCCGAAAGUGGGCAGCUUUUGCCACUCAUGCAACACAGAUUUCUGCAUGAUGACGAUUCAGAUUUAGCAUGACAGGUUGCAAUCUUCCAGACCCAGACAUAUUUGCAAUCCAUACUUCGUGUCCGUGAGCAACGGGAAUUCCAAAGACAACACAACCCUGCCGGUGAAACCGUGUUUAGCUUUCGUGUAUCACAAGAAAAACAUAAAAGUGUUAACGUUAAACGAUUUUCAGAUUUUUGCAGUCAUGCAUCACAAAUGUAGCCGAACAUGCAUGCUAAUGCUAUGCAUUACAAAUUUUGGCACGUCUUGCGAUGCAUUGCUGCAUCACAAAUUCCGUUUAAGAUUAACACUUUUUCCUGUGAUAUCGUCGCGGGGGUCAUGAUGAUGGUGGUGGUUUACGAUUUAGUGCCGGAGUCUCUCCGUUGGGACCCGGUGAAUAGCGGAAGUGCGACCAGCACGCCGACAGGGAUGAACAAUAAUGCUUUCGCUCACCAAACGUCGAGGAUGACUACAAAAGUUUCCUCGACUUGGAAAGACUUGGUGAAUUGGAACAAGUAUUUUUGGGUGAAAAUCGGCUUCGCGGCGGGAAUGAUGGUCAUGGUCUUCACGGAAAUGCUACUGGAUUCUGUAAUGUAGUUAUGGCUUCAUCACUAGCAUGAGAAGAUCUCGAUGUGAUCGAGAUUGAAGGAGGGUCUAGUUGUACCUAGAAGUUUGUCAUCACGCCGAUUAACUACACCGUGUGUAAGCAAGACCACCACGACCAACAACAUCCAUGUGUGUGGUUGCUGUAACUUUCCGGCAGUGAGGAUAGAGGCGAUCACGAAUCGAGACCUCGAAAAAUCACUGUACUCGUCUCAGUACUAUCCCAUAUUCCGCAGUAGGGUCGUUGCUCCCUUCGUCCUUCUUU